ACAGAGACACGGUGAGAGAGAGAGAGAGAGAGAGACAACCUGUGUGUUGAUCGAUCCUAGCUGCAGAAUAACAUUCAGAGUUUCCGAAAAUCAAACACGAGUUCUUUUUUCUUUCUUGAAUUUGUUUUUCGAUUAUCUAAGGUUGUGGUUUUAAUUUUAUUCUAAUUGUUGGGAAAUUGGAGCUUGUGAUUUCUACGCGAGCCUGAGAUCGUGUUGAAAUUUACAAUUAUUCGCGGGGGUGAAUACUUAUGAUAGGUAUUUGAUUCUGAAGAAUGGAUCGAAGAGGAACUGGGAUUUGGAUUUGGAUGAAGGGUUCUCAAUGUGGAGGUUUAAGUUAGAGGGUUUGAUUUUUAUAUUUUUUGGUAUUUACUUGGAUGAUUUCUGCAGGAGGUAGGGAUGCAAUAAAGGGGUUAGGGUUAGGGUUAGGGUUAGGGUUAGGCUUGGGUGCUGGGAGGAGAGAGAUGGUGGAGUCUGAGCUUGAAGAAGGUGAAGCGUGCUCAUACCAGAACCACGAAGAUUACGACGCCGCCGUUGAUCCCGAUGUUGCCCUUUCUUACAUUGAUGAAAAAAUUCAAGAUGUUCUGGGACACUUUCAGAAAGAUUUUGAAGGCGGAGUGUCUGCAGAGAAUCUGGGGGCAAAAUUUGGUGGUUAUGGAUCAUUUUUGCCCACCUAUCAGCGCUCUCCUGUUUGGUCUCAUCCACGAACUCCACAAAAAAUUCAUAGUCAAAAUACAUCCAGAUCUCCUAAUAAUUUGCAACUGGAGAGUGGGCAAGGGGAUGCUGUACAAUGUUCAGCUGGGACUCAGUCAUUGAGACUUGGCCCAGGUUCUGCUAGCACUUCAAGGCUGGCUACAGUUAAGGCAUCCUCUUUUGAUGAUGGAACCAAUCAAGAAAAAUGCAUGACGAUCACUGGUGCUGAGGCAUUGACUUCUAAGAAUGAGUCUCUAAACAUGAAAGCUACAAGUAUAUCAGACCAGAAGACACUGAAGGUUCGAAUCAAAAUGGGCCCUGACAAUUUGUCAACUCGAAAAAAUGCUGCAAUAUACAGUGGACUUGGUCUUGAUGUGUCGCCAUCAUCACCGGAUGACAGCCCGUCAGAAAGUGAAGGAAUUUCUCGUGGUCCUCAAGAUGCUCCCAUUGAAUCUCCAACCAGUAUCCUUCAGAUCAUGACAACCCUCCCUAUGCUGUUGUCGCCUCUUCCCAAUGAUCUCAUUGAAUUAACUGAAAGGGAAAUGAAUGCCAGAGAUAGCAUCUCUGGUCCUGUUCAUAUGAAUGAGCCAGAAAGUUCUGGCAUAUUACUGCAUGAAUCGAAUAUUGUAAAAGGUGACAGAAAAUUGUCAGGAGGGAAGAAAGCGAAGUCUCGGGAGGGUUAUGAGUCCUCAUUGGAAAUCAAUGGUUGCGCUAAGAAGAAUACUCGUAAUGAUGUUGGAGUGCUGUUAAGGAAGGAACAAGGUACAGAUGCAUUGGAUGAGCUAGUGUCAAAAACCAUGAAGCUUCCACUUUUAUCCAGUUCAUGUUCUUUCAUUGAUGAUUCAGUAAAGGCUGUGGAUGGGCCAUGUGAUUCAUUGAAGGAAGCCAACAAGAGUAUGCUGAGGGAGAAAACCUUCUCUGAUCAGGCACAAAAGGAACAGGUGGAGCCAACAUCUACUGAAGUGAAUGGUUUUGCUGAGAGGGCAAAGGGAAGUUCAGGAAGAAAAGUUGUGGGAGAUAAGGCUUCUCUGGAUGAUUUAUCAUGUCAUACAGCGAAAGACAAUCCUCAUGGAGAUAAAAUAUGUGAUUCAAUAAUAUCUGAAUCUAAUGUUUCCAAAGUUAGGACAGCAUCAAACACUGAAUGCAUAGAACCUCCUGGGAAGGCUAAUCAGAGAGGUAGCAUGUGUGAACAAGACAGUACAGCAUUACCAGUUGUGACAGAACAUCCAUUUCCUGGGGGAAAGAAGUCAAAAGGAAUUCAUGGCACCAUGGUUAUAGAGAGGGAAAAAGAAAACUUGAAGGUUGGUGCCUCUUUGGUUCCUAAAACAAAAAAGAGUUCUGAUGAUAGUUCUACAUCAAAAACUGAAACUGAAGAUGUCAGAGUUCAAAAAGGUCUUGGAAAGGCUAGAGAUGCAUAUAGAGAUUUCUUUGGGGAAUUGGGAGAAGAGGAGGACAGAAUGGAUUCACUGGAAACCCCUUAUGAGGAUAAACCGAAGGAAUCUGAGGUGGCUGAGAGGAGCACUCCUACAAUUAAUUGUGGAGCAAAGGAGAGAUCAGGUGGUAAGAAAGUUGAUAAGCCAUUAACAGCUGAAGUAUACCCUAAAACUGCCACAAAUGUCUGGUGCACCGGAAACGCACAUGGUAUUGAUGCAGAGAAUGGAAAAGGGGAUGCUGUAAUGAUGCCUCCUGUUGAGAUGGACGAUAAUUGGGUACAGUGUGAUAGGUGUCAUAAUUGGCGUCUUCUUCCUGUUGGCACAAAUCCUGAUAACCUACCCGAAAAAUGGCUGUGUAGUAUGCUUGAUUGGCUGCCUGACAUGAAUCGAUGUAGUUUUACUGAGGAUGAAACUACUAAAGCUCUUAUUGCAUUAUACCAAGGGCCUCCUCUUGAGGGUCAAAGCAACCUGCAAAAUGUCUCUGGAACUGUUAUGAUGGGAGGAACCAGGGCAGCUUUCCAGCAUCCUGACCAACACCAGCUAAAUAAUGAUCCGCAUGCAGUGCAUAGGGGGAAGAAAAAAGUUGUAAAAGAGGUAUCACAUUCUACAAAUAAAGAUGGCUUUUCUCACGUGUCAUAUGCUAUAAAGAAAAACUUGCAGUCAUCAGUGAAAAGUAGGAGUUUAAAUGAUGUGAACAAAUCUGUUGUGAGUGAAGCUGAUUUUCCAGGGGAGAAACACAAAAAUAAGCAGAGGAUGCUGGAGCACAACUCUGAUAGAGGUGAUGUAAAGAAUAUGAAAGGGAAAAGCAGGAGGGAUCAUGAUCAAGAUUGUUCUAGACCAUCCAAGAAAGGUAAGACUGACAAGUUUAAUUCUGUUGACGAACAGUGGACUCCAGAACAGGGUGGGACCACUAGGAAGGUGGGUCAUAGCUCAAACAGCACUUUUUCAUCAGUUUCCAAAGAUCGAACUAGACCGAAAGAUCACUCCACUUCAACGGACUCCAAAUCGGGAAAAGUCAGGCUGCCAGUUUCUGCUGAAAACACAAAAGAUAAGGGUCAGGGUUCCUUGGAUGAGGGAUCCCUGGAUUUGGGGAAUUAUGAUUCAAUUGGUAGUGUGAAAAAGCGGAAAUUGAAGGAGUAUCAGGAUGCUCAAACUUGCAGCACAGGAAAUCCUCAACUACAGGAGAGAAGAAUUUCUGAGCAAGAGUUCAGUAAUUUCAGGAAGGAAAAGAAGGCAAGAAAUUCAAAAUCUGAAGGUAGAGAAUCAAGUGCCAGUAAAGGAAGUGGUAGGACAGACAAAAAAGCUAAUACAAAGAACAAGAAAUUCAGGCAAAAUCCCGAGAGCACUCUGUCACAUCGAAGCUUGGAUGGUAUGGACUGUUCAAAAAGGGACUUGGGGUCUGUACAGGCUUCUGUUGCUGCCACUUCAAGCUCUUCUAAGGUUUCUGGCUCGCAUAAAACCAAAGCCAACUUCCAGGAAGUGAAAGGCUCACCAGUGGAAUCAGUUUCUUCGUCGCCUAUGAGAAAUUUAAUUACAGAUAAGUUUACAAGCAGGGAAAUUAUGGGCAAAGAUGACUCUCAUGACAUUGCUGCUGUGGAUAGUCCAAGAAGAUGCUCGGAUGGUGAAGAUGAUAGUAGGAGUGAUCGAUCUGGAACAGCUAGGAAGGACAAAUCUUUCACCAUCGCCCACAGAUCUGAUUUUCAGAACAAGGGUGUUAAUCAUAUGUCUGAUACUAAACCUAAAGCUCAAACAACCAGCCAUUGUACCAAUGGUGGUUUGGACACCGUAGCCCAAGGUGGGACAUAUCCAGUUACAGAGCUGAUCAAGCAUCAAGGUGAAGACAGGACUGAUGUUUAUUGUGCUAAUGUGUCUCAUACAAGGAAGAAUGGCAAUGAAUCAGGUUUGGAGGAAAACAAUGAGGGCUGUAAGUCAGAGUCACAUGCAGAAGAAGAGAAGAAUGCAAGUUCUCCUAUUCAACUUCGAGAUCUGUCUCCUCUACAUGAGGCAAAGCAUAGGGAUGGCAAAGUUAAGUUGCAGGAGAAGUUUGGGUUCAAGCCUGACCAAAGUGAGAAUGCACAUGCUGUCAAGAAAGAUUAUACAGGAAAAAAUGAGAGUAGGAAAAAAGAGAAACACUCAAAUAGAGGGCAUGAUAUUCAAGAAGUUAGUAUAGAUGCCAUAUGCAAACAGGAGGUAUUACAUCCUUCCAGUCAGAAUCAGUUGCCAGAUUGUGAUACUGAAAGAUCUUCAAAGAGGUCUCUUUCGGAAAGAAUUGAUCAAGAAGUACUUGGAAAAGGGAAGUUUUUGUCAUCAUUGCCCUCUGGAGGAUCUAACGUUGAGACAUUGGUUCGUUGCCCACGACCAGUUGUUGGUUUCCAUAAAGGAAAUGGAGAUAUGGAAGUUGAUCCUUCCAAAGUUGAUGAUGUGUCAAAGCUGCAAAAAAAGCAAUUGAAAAAGGCUGAUCAUCAAAAUGGAACCCAACAAAUUGGUUCAAGAAAUCCUACACUUAAUGGACACCUGUCAAAGGAGCCCGAUGCCCGUAGUCCGGUUAGAAGGGAUUCUUACAGCCAUGCUGCUAACAAUGCUGUGAAAGAAGCUAAAGAUCUCAAGCAUCUAGCUGAUCGUCUCAAGAAUUCCGGAUCUACUAUUGAGAGCACUAGCCUUUACUUCCAAGCAGCCCUAAAGUUUCUUCAUGGAGCCUCUCUGUUAGAAUCUGGCAACAAUGAUAAUGCUAAGCACAGCGAUAUGAUUCAAUCAAAGAAAAUAUAUAGUAGCACAGCAAAAUUGUGCGAGUUUUGUGCCCGUGAGUAUGAGAAAGCAAAAGACAUGGCUUCAGCUGCUCUGGCCUACAAAUGCAUGGAGGUUGCAUAUAUGAGGGUAAUAUAUUCUUCACAUGCUAGUGCAAGCAGAGAUCGGCAUGAGUUGCAGACAGCCCUGCAAAUGACUCCUCUUGGUGAGUCUCCUUCAUCGUCUGCCUCUGAUGUUGACAAUGUUAAUAACCCUACAGCAGCUGACAAGGUUGCCUUAUCCAAGAAUGUCAAUUCGCCCCAAGUUGCUGGAAACCAUGUUAUUGCUGCACGAAAUCGUCCCAAUUUUGUGCGGUUGCUCAAUUUUGCUCAGGAUGUAAAUUUUGCCAUGGAAGCCUCAAAGAGAUCACGGAAUGCUUUUGCAGCUGCUAAUUCAAGCCCAGGUGUGGGCAAGUAUGCAGAUGGUAUCUCCUCUAUCAAGAAGGCUCUUGAUUUUAGCUUUAACGAUGUGGAGGGGUUACUACGUUUGGUACGGCUGGCUGUGGAAGCCAUUAAUCGUUAAAGUGUCCAAUUAAUCAUGAGAUGAUUCUAGCCCAUUAAGAACAUGUGUUACCUGGUCUUGUAUAAAACCUUCAUCGUGACAAAAAAGCGGUCUGAAUUCAAUAACAAAGGGCAAGUUUUAUUAUGUUGGAUCUCAAAUCAGUCUUCCCAAUUGGUGAAGCUAAUACUGCCUCUAUACAUGUUUGCCAUACGCAUUGAAAUGGAAGUUUCAGUUUACAGUCGGAGGAAUUUUAGUUGCUUUCUGUUGUGUACAAGAAUGAAAUCUUUGGCAAACAUUGAGAUAGUGUGGAGGCAUCAGGAUUCAGAAGUCGGCUUCUGUAAAUUGAAGAUAUAAUAGGUGGAUAUGGACUUAGAAGUUUGAAAUUAAUUGUCAUCUUUUGUUCUCUUCUCAUUCUGGAGGGAUUAUUAUUUUGUCAAUCUGUAAAUGUGUGAAGUUGUAAAUUCUGGGGAGAGGAAGUUGUGAUUUUUGCAUUAACUGUAAUCUUGCUUCUACCAGUGGGAACUGCACUUUCUCCUCCCGUCCAAUCUCUCUUUACGGGUAGGAGAAUCAAAGAGAGUCGGACUAAAGUGAGCAUUUCUUUCUUUUUAAUACAUGGACAUGCAUGUUUUCCUUGUAAAGGUUAUGUACAAUUUCGGGAUUAGUGGUACAACUAUAUUUACUCAUUUUUCUGUUGAUAGAGAACAAGCUGAAAAUAGAAAAGGAGGGAGGAUGUACAGCAAGAAAUUUUAUUUUUUACGUGGCAGGCUAUUUAUUGCCAAUGGUUUGUCAACUUAGAGGAGCACAGUGGACGUGUAAAUAAACAUUAUAGAAUCAAGUUAUAGACAGCGUUGAGCAACCAGAGGCAAAUUCCAGAUGGAGCUGCAGUUUAGACAUUUCGUGGAGUGUUUUUUUUUUUUUCCUUAGUCAAAACAGUAUUAUUACACGGAUUUUUAUAAAGUAUCAGUUGCUAGUUGUGGGCAUUUAACUUUAAAUUUUGACUCUACCAGGCUUACGUGAUCUUAUUUUCAAUGUACAGAGCUAGCUAUAUUAAAUUUACCUUGUAUGCUU